AUGACUUCCUUUAUCCCCCGGACGGCGUUUUUGGCGUCUGAACACAUUCAGAAAAGCUACUUCCUGGGACAUCACCGAGCUGGGCUUGAGAAGAUGAAAGCAAUGCUAGACUCUGUUGACCAUGUUAUAGAAUGCCGAGACUUCCGGGUACCGGCAACUUCGAUAAACCCAUUAUUUGAAGAAGCAUUGGGCGGGAAAAGCCGAACUAUAGUCUAUACUAAGCGAGAUCUUGGAGCGGACUCGAAACCAGAAUCUCGAAUGAAAGAAAAACUCAUAUCUCGCUGGGAACAGAAAACUACGAAAGUCUUUUUCGCAAGCAGAAGCUUAACGAACUCCGUCACUCCCUUGGCAAAGUACAUAAAGGAUCUCCCUGUGGCUGCCAACAGCAUAAUCGGAUACCGCAUGUUAAUAGUUGGGAUGCCGAACGUAGGGAAAUCGACCCUGAUUAACAAACUACGAUCUAUGACCAAUAUUAAGAACGUCAGAAAAUCUGCCGUCGUCAGAACCGGAGCAGACCCAGGCAUCACGAGAAAGAUCGGUACACCUAUAAAAUUGUUCGAGAAGGAUGAUGUAGGCAUUUAUGUGUAUGACACGCCUGGUGUGUUUGUACCAUAUAUGUCUAACCCUGACAGUAUGCUGAAAAUGGCACUUUGCGGAAUCAUCAAGGACUCUCUGGUACCUAUAAUCACCCUGGCCGACUAUCUUCUCUUUCAAAUGAACCAGAAUUUGUUGAUGGAUAUGUAUGGAGCAUACUGUGCGCCAACCAAUGAUAUAAUGGAGUUACUGAGUGCAAUUUCGAGAAAAGCUGGCCGGCUUGUCAAAGGAGGUGACCCGGACUAUGAGGCGGCCGCACGGUUAUUCAUCACACAAUGGCGAGAAGGAAAACUCGGCCUAUUUAUGCUUGACGACGUGGUGAAAGUUUCGUGGGAAAAGAAGAAUGCCAGGCUCGGAACUACGGAAAGCUCAAUCCCUGGAACUUCGUUGGAACUUACUCCUGAGAGAGUGCAAAAGAUACUUGCUACUGGCGUGGUAUAA